AAUUUAGGUUGAAGAUUCACCUUCUCCCUCUGGUUGAUCGAGAAGCACGAUCCAGGAAGACGGCUGUAUCUUCUUUACCGGUUCCCAUGGACACAACAGUAAAAACUUCACCAGUUUCGCCGAUGGAGAGGAACGGAAAACGUGAGAUGGAGGGUGCUUUCUGAUCGGUGUUCUAAGUCCAGUUGCGACGCCAAAGAGAGGUAAAAAAGAGAAGGAGAAGACGGCGAGGAGAGUGGAGAAGAAAGCUAGAAGGAAGAAACAAAAGACGGAAAGGGGAAGCGUGGAUCGGGAGGGUAAAACAGGACAUAGAAAUCGGGAGGGUAAAACGGGAGCUAAACUGAGCUUUUGGAAGGGAAUAGAAAUCCAAUUUUGGGGAAUAGAGGCGUAAUGUAAUAAGCCCGUAAUAGGGCAUUACACCCAACCAAACAGAUGAAUAGGCGGGGCCCACGGAAUAGGGCAACCAAACAUGCUCUUAGACAUAAAUAAUAUAAGGCCGGUCGCAGGCAGUGGCAGGUAAGCAAACGAGUUGCUGCCCGAAGCAAACCAACCAAAAUGGGGAAGAGAAACAGAGAGAGAAGAAAAUCUGAAAAGCCGUGUAAGUCGGACCAACUUGUCCCCGUCCCCAUCGGUUCCCCUACUCCUCUUGCCAAUCUAUCACUUAACUCUGUGCUACUGCAUGAUUGGUGGUUGUGCAUGGUGCAACCUAAGGGUUUGGCUGUUGGAGGGUUUGAAUGCAGAGGGAGGCAAGGACAAAGAGUGUUGUGCUCUGCAGCCAUUGCCAAAAGACAUGAUGCCACCACUCUUGAAACUGCCGAUGGCAUCACAGUUGCUAUUAGUGGAUUCAUCAAUACCUCUCGUACACUUCAAAAUGGCUUUUCACCUAAGGUUUGCAGUCAUUUCCUCUUUGGAUUUCCAUAUGACUGGGAGGAAUAUGCUUCACAUUCUAAUGAACAAUCUUUUUGUAGUAGCACUGAAGCAAGCAUUACUACUAGUUUGCUUCACAGCAAUGCAAUGUCUUUGCCGCUACCUUCUUUAGACAAUCUCCAUGUCCCUGCUGCCAGGUUACGUGAUCUUCUGAUGCUUUCUGCUGGAGAUUCUCCAAACUCAGUUUUUGAUCACAUGCUGCUGCAAAAGUUGAGCACCCAUGAUUCUCAAAAUGCUGCAAUUACUACGGCUGAUUCAAACAUGGGAAAUAAAGAUCCUAAAGUCUGUCCUUAUUCUGUUGCUGAUGGUGAAAAUUCGAAUUGUCAUAAGGAGAAGGUUAUUCAGAAUCACGUAGAUGAUAAUAACAUCUUGUGUUCAAGGAGUAAAACAACAGUGGGAUCUCGGAAUGAGGAUGUAGGCAUCCUUACCCCAACUAAUACUAGAGGUGUAAUCACCAGAAGCAUGACAAGGUUGAAGCGCCGUACUUCUGAAAGGCUGAAGAGACUGAGACUUUCUUCAUCAGAGUUAAAGGAAAAAGUAUUGCGGAGAUAAGACCAAUAAUCUCUCAUCUCUUGCUAAUACUUUUUCCUUCCUUAGCUUUCGACAUACAUCAGAGCCUCAGGAAGAUAGCAACUACAGGUGCUUUAAGAGGGAGUUGUGCAUAUAUGCAUGUGUGUGUGUAUAUAUACAUAUUUCUCCUUUGGCUAUUACUAAUGAUAAAAAAGACCCCCUUGAACUAGUUUAGUUUUGUUAAAUAUGCCUGUAUUUUUGUUGUACCCAAAUAAGCCCGUAUUAGUGAAAUGUUGAUUUAUGCAUAAAUUGUAAAUUAGGGGCUUAUUUGGAUACAAGUUAAAGAUUGCUUGCAUGGUUCACACAUAAAAGAAAACUUUCUCUGGACAUAAAUCUCAGAUAUAGGGAAGUACUUACAAAGAUCAAUAUGUGGAUAUGAGAGCAGUAGUUGUAACAGGAAGGCCCAAUGCUGAAAUACCUUGAAGUAAAGAAUACGGCUGAUUUACACUAAUCCCAAUGAGCAACAGAGGAAGAGCUUCCCACUGCAAAGCAAACAUGUAUACCUAUAAUGUAAGAAAGGAGCCACUGAAUACCACACAAAACCAGGUAUGAGAUGUGAACUUAGUGCAUGAAAUCAUUGUAUUGAUGUGUACUUUCUUCUAAUUAUAUUCCUUUUAAAGUAGAUGAUAAGUUUCGAAACUAAGCUGCAUCGCAGAAAA